AUGAUGAAUCGUUUUGGUGAUAUUGAUUGCUCAUUUAAAAAGUUAACACCUGUUUAUGGGUUUCUUAAUGCAGAACUUGUUACAAUUGAAAAAGCAUUACAACCAAUUGAAUCUCAAAUUGCUAACUUACCACAUUUUAUCAAAAUAGCAAAACAAUAUUGUCGUCGUUCGUCAGAACAUGGUUUAACACAUGAUGAAUCAGCAUCAAUUUAUAUUUAUACAAUGGAAUGGGGUGAACAAUCUUUAUAUUGUGUUUUAAAUCAAACUUUACGAAAUGAAAAUAGACAUUUAUUAAAAGUAUGGUUUCCUUAUAUGAAAUUAUUUGAUACAGCAUUAAAUAAAUUACCAACUAUAAAAGAAAUCGUAUGGCGAGGUGUUGCUGCAGAUAUUGGAAAAAAUUUUCAUGAAAAUGACAAAAUAACAUGGUGGAGUAUUAAUUCAUGUUCAUCAAAACUUAAUGUUAUCAAAGGAUUUCUUGAAAAUCAGAAAAAUUCUACAAUAUUUUUAAUUGAAGCAUUGAACGGUAAAAAAGUCUCUGGUUAUACAGAGCUUGAAAGUGAAGAUGAAAUCAUUUUAAAAAUGGGAACAAAAUUUCAUGUAAAAUGUGAUGCAAUGGAGCAUCCAAAAGGAUCAUAUCAUGUUCAUUUAAUUGAAAUUGAUGAGAAAGCACCUCCGGUUCCUGAUGUACCUGAUACACCAAUGUUCAAAAAGAAUAAAAUAUUUAUUCAUGGUUUACCAUCGUCUAUGCCGGAGCAGCUUCUGUUCAAUAUACUAUACAAUGAAUUUUCUACUGUUGGUACAAUUAAAAUUGAUGAAGAAAAAAAGAUACCAUUCAUCUAUUUAUAUAAAAGUAAAACGAAUGAGGCUCAACUAAGUGGUUAUGCAGAGAUCACGUUUGAAAACGAAGAAGCAGUAGCAAAAGCAAUUACAAAAUAUAACCAAACGCGUGUACCAGCGUUAAAUAAUGUUCCAAUUUUUGUGAAGCAGUCGGAAAUGAAACCCGUUGCAUUACCACAAUCAGUAUCGAACCCAGUGCCAUUUAAAACGAAGUCAGCUUCAUCUCCGCCGAACCCAGUGCCAUUUGUACCGAAGUCAACGUCAUCUCCGCCGAACCCAGUGCCAUUUGUACCGAAGUCAGCGUCAUUUUCACCGAACUCAGUGCUAUUUUUACCGAAGUCAGCUUCCUCUCCACCGAACUCAGUGCCAUGUGUACCGAAGGACCAAGAGCCUGAACAGGAGGAAUCUGACAGCACACAUGAUACAGACAGUAUUGCUAGUGAUUUAAAUGAUGUACCCAUAUUCAAAAAGAAUGCAAUAUUUAUUCGUGGUUUACCAUCGACUAUGACGCAGCAGCUUCUGUUCAAUACACUAGACAAAGAAUUUUCUACUGUUGGUCGAAUUAAAAUUGAUGAACGAACACAGAAAUCAUCCAUCUAUUUCUUUAAAAGUGAAUGGAAUAAUGCUGAGCUAAGUGGUUGUGCAGAGAUCACAUUUGAAAAACAGGAAGCAGUAAUAGAAGCAAUUAAAAAAUAUGAUCAAAUGCCUGUACCAGCGUUAAAUAAUGCUCGAAUUGGUGUGAAGCGAUCGGAAAAGAAGUCUCCUGCAUUCCCGAAGCCACCAUUUUCACCACCAAAACCAAAAUGGGGCAAAUGGAAACAAAAUGCCAUCACUGUAGCUGGUGGAAGUGGAUAUGGACAAAAACUAAAUCACCUCAAUAGCCCUUUUGGAAUCUUCAUUGAUAAAAAGAAAAAUAUUUUCAUUGCAGAUUGGUGGAAUCAUCGAAUUGUUGAAUGGAAAUAUAAUGCAAAAGAAGGGCAAAUCAUUGCAGGUGGGAACGGAUAUGGAGAUCUAAUGAAUCAAUUGAAUGGACCAACAAAUAUGAUUGUUGAUCAACAAAAUCAUUCGAUCAUCAUUGCUGAUCGUGGAAACAGACGAGUGAUUCGAUGGUUGAAUCAAAAUCAUCAAAUUCUCAUUCAGAAUACUGACUGUUAUGGUUUGGCAAUGGAUAAAAAUGGAUUUCUAUAUGUUUCAGAUUCGUCGAAGAAUGAAGUGAGACGAUGGAAAAUGGGAGAAUACAACAACGAAGGAAUUGUAGUGGCUGGUGGAAACGGAAAAGGUGAUCAACUUAAUCAAUUCAAUAGUCCAGGUUUUAUCUUUGUUGAUGGAGAUCAAUCUAUUUAUGUAUCAGAUAGAGACAAUCAUCGUGUGAUGAAAUGGAGAAGAGGUGCAAAAGAAGGAAGAAUUGUGGCUGGAGGGCAUGGUUAUGGACGAAAUCUCAAUCAAUUGUCUAAACCUGAAGGAGUAAUUGUUGAUGAUUUCGGUCAAAUCUAUGUAGCAGAUUAUGAGAAUCAUCUAGUAAUGCGUUGGUGUGAAGGAGAUGAAGAAGGUGAAAUUGUUGUUGGUGGAAAUGGCCAAGGAUAUCAAUCACAUCAAUUAAAUUGUCCAACUGGUUUAUCUUUUGAUGAUGAAGGAAAUCUUUAUGUUGUUGAUUGGAAAAAUCACCGAAUUGAAAAAUUUGAAAUAAUAUUGUGA